UCGUGUAAGCAUAAGGCGGACGCAGAAGUUGUUUCCGUUAAAUAAUAAUAAUUAGAUCAUAUAUUUUCGUGAAAAUGAGUGCUACUGCAGCUUCUCUACCUUGCCCUUUGUGUGCUCAUUGUAGUGUUUUUGAAUCAGUUCAAGCUUUAAGAGACAGAUUGAUCUACGUCUCCACAAACAAAAUAUUGUGUCCGGUAUGUCAAGAAGAAGUUUCAGGAUUAGAUAAGUUGACUAUUCAUUUAUUUAGUCACGUGAAAAUUAUAAAUAUGAAAAAAUACGAUGAUCAGCAGCAAAAAUUGGAUAUACAAAAUACUUUAAUUGAUGAGAAGCAACGUGUUACAACAGCUCAACAGAAGAAACCUAGACCAACGUCUAAAAAUAAAGCACCUUCAUCGGUAGCUGCCACACCAGUGAAGUACGUAAAAAUUUAUCCCAAAUUACCAGUUGUAUCUAUGAAUACAUUACCAGUUAUAGAUGUGUCACAUAUUGGAACUACCGAGGAGAACUCAUUGACAACAUUACAAGCAAUAAAGUCGAGUACAUUGGUUAAAACCAACACUACUUGCGAUGUUUGUGGAUUACAAUUUGUAAACGCUGAUAUUUUAAAAAUGCAUCGAUGCCUUAUUCACAAUAUUGACGAAAAUGCAAAUCAAAAUAUUACUCGAUAUCAAUGUCAUUUGUGCCCUAAAAAUUUCAAAAUGAGAGGAUCCCUUAUGGUCCAUUUGAGGGUAGCACAUUAUGGAUUUCUUUCUGGGUAUAGCAGUGACACAAAGACAGAAAAAGAAGGACAAAAUGGAAUAAGUAAUGAACAAAGUUCUGAACAUAAAGUUAUGCUAUUACAAAGAAAUGAAAAUAAACAAUGGCAAUGCGACGUAUGUAGAAAAAGUUUUACUACUAAAUACUUUCUCAAGAAACAUAAGCGUCUUCAUACAGGUGAAACCCCGUAUUCUUGUUCCCAAUGCAAUAAGACAUUCACGUUUCAACAAUCGUACCAUAAACAUCUUCUGUACCACAAUGAUGAAAAGCCUCAUAGCUGUAACUAUUGCGGGCGAGCUUUUAAAGAGUUAUCCACUCUACACAAUCAUCUAAGAAUUCAUACAGGAGAAAAACCAUUUUCUUGUGAAACUUGCGGGAAAUGUUUUCGCCAGAGAGUUUCUUAUUUAGUACAUAGAAGGAUACACACUGGUGUUAUGCCAUAUAAAUGUACAGCAUGUGAGAAAAGCUUUCGGUACAAAGUAUCUCAACGGACCCAUAAAUGUUCUUCAAAGCCACCAGGCACAGUAAUUAGACAAUCAGGAGAUCUCGUUGAGAAACUUAAAAAAAAGCAAGGAGUAUCCGAAGAUUUUUUGGUUGUACAUGCAGAGCCGUCAACUGGGUCAACAAAUUAUUUAGAAGUUUCCGAAGCAAAUGCUGAGUUAGUCCGUACCGGCGCUAAGUUAUCAUGGGAAGAUAUGGAAUCGGAUAAUUUCACUUUAAUAGCGGACACAUACAAUACCAAUAAACACGAAGACCAUAAUAAGGAAGCUUCUUGUUCUACAGUACAGUUGACUAAUAAUCAAAUUAGCGAAAAUACACACAAGAAAACAUUUGAUUCAAAUUUGGAUGCAUUGAUCGAUACCAUUCCAGCCACCGAUAAAAGUAUCCCUUCUCCAUCCGAAAUUCUUAAGAAAUUAUGUUUAUCGAAAGAAGAUGAUAUUUUAAACAUACUAGAAGACCCUGAAAGCGAUAAAAACUAUGAUUUAUACAAGGAUUUCGAAGUAUUUAUGUAAGAAUAUUGGUAAGUCCCGUAAGUCAUACCAAUCAUACGUUAAAUAUUGCCAAAUAAUAUUAUAGAUAUGAAAUAAAUUCCAGUAGUAGUCAAUUUUAUCUAUCAACAG